AUGGAAAACAUGGGAGAUUGGGAGCAGAAGAAUCUUCUACAUGAGCUAAAACAAGGGAGGGAGCUAGCAAGGCAGCUCCAAGGCCAUCUCAAUGUGCCAUCUUCAUCGCACGAGACCCGCGAAUUCUUAGUAACAAAGAUCUUGACUUCGUAUGAGAAGGCACUCUCAAUGCUCCAGUGGAACAGCUCGGUGGGUGAUCAGCCGCAGCACACAGGAGGUGCAGUUUUUCGAAUGUCCGAAUCCCCACCUUCUCUUCCUGGUAGUCCACGGGGCGAAGAUUCCGAUCCGGAGCACAGAGAUGCCUCUCGAAAGAGAAAGGCUGUGCCAAGGUGGACACAACAAGUGAGAGUUAGUCCGGGCGUGGGACUUGAAGUGCCUCCUGAUGAUGGCUGUAGCUGGAGGAAAUAUGGGCAGAAAGAAAUUUUUGGUGCCAAAUAUCCGAGAGGCUACUAUAGCUGCAACCAUCGAAAUGUCCAAGGCUGUCUAGCUACAAAGCAAGUUCAACGAUCCGAUGAAGACCCAACUGUCUUUGAAAUCACUUACCGAGGAAGGCACACGUGUGCACAAGCCUCCCACAUAAAUCCUCCCCCAACAUCUCCUGAAAAACAGGAACAAAACAACAAGCACCAACCGCCACAAAAUCAGCAGCCAUCACAAGAUGAUCAAAUUCAAAAGCUCUUGAACUUCCAGACAACCCUCAAAGUAAAAACGGAAAACUUAGACACCCAGGGCCAGGGCGACGUUGCUGUGACCAGCCCUCAGCAGGAUACCUUUGAUCUGUGUCAUUUGUUUCAAGGGGAACAGUUCGAUGAUAACAAGGACGAUAAAAUAGAAACCUCUAUCUCCUCCUCUCUUAUUACUACCAUAUCCUCUUAUGCUGACAAUUUGGAUCCAUUGGAUCUUAAUGAAGACCCACCGGAUCUUGCUAAGGAAGCACAGUUGCAAUGUUACGAAUUUUUACCGGAACCUAUUGCAGGGGAAGGAAUUGAAAAACAAAUAACUUCAGAGUCUCAAGGAAUGGUGUUUGACGUUGAAACGGUUGAGAUGAAGAGUUCUGGUGAAAAAAUUGGGGUAGAAUUCUGA